UACGAAAGGUUAAUCUUCAUGUUUGGAAGCAAUCAGUAAAGUAUGAAGACUUGCGUUUAGCAUUGAUGUAUAUCAAAAAAGAUUGUUGGAUGAUUAAGUUUGAUAUAACGUCAGCAUAUCAUUUUGUGGAUAUUUUUCUGCCACACACAGAUUAUUUAGGUUUUGCCUGGGAAGAUUAUUCAGGUAUUCUGGUCUAUUACAAAUUUUUGGUUCUUCCUUUUGGUUUGUCGUCUGCUUGUUAUAUCUAUACAAAAUUAAUGAGGCCAUUAAUUGCAAAAUGGAGAGGCGAAGGUAAAAAGAUCAUCAUGUUUUUAUAUGAUGGUUUUGGCACCGCAGAGACAUACGAUAAGACAGUAAUUAUGUCACGGGAAAUUAAAUCAGAUUUGUUGUUAUCCGGCUUGGUGCCUAAAGUUGAUAAAUCAUGCUGGGAGCCAGUGCAAGAAUUACAAUGGCUAGGAUCUCAGUUAAAUACAGCUAAUUUCACCAGAUACGGAAGUGAAGUUGAUGGCUUGCCAGAGGUCUUGGCGGAGAAGGUAUCCUUGCUGCCCGAGUUGCUUAAAGUCACCAAAGCGGAAAACACGCACCUCAGUUACAAAAGGGGCUUCAAUCGAUGGCGUCGUUGGGGGUAUGCUAAUGGGCUUUCAAGCGGGGAUGCCUUGCCCGCCAAGGCUUUUCAAGUUGCGCUAUAUUUAGCGUCAAUUAUACAAACAGCUAGUAGUGCAAGUCCGAUUAUAAAUGCGUUCUACAGUAUUAAAUAUUAUCAUGAUUUAUUUGAUUAUGUAUCACCUACUGAUUCAAGACUUGUCAUUAAUAUGUUAGAAGCUGCAAAACGGCGUUUAGCGAAACCUGUGAAUAAGAAAGAACCAAUGACUGUUGAUUUACUGCAACAAAUGUACACACAUAUGUAUGUUGAAAAUGAUGUUAUGAAUCAAAGAUUUAUUUGUAUAUGCCUUUUAUCAUAUGCUGGGUUUUUAAGAAGUGCAGAGGUACUAAAGUUGAGAAGGAGUGAUGUUUGUAUUAACAGUAGUUACUUAAGUGUAUUUAUUGAAUCUAGCAAGACAGAUAAGUUCCGUGAGGGAGCAUGGGUGCUUAUUGCUAGGACAGGCACACAGUUGUGUCCAGUAGUCAAUUUACAGAAAUACCUUACUUGGACAGAUUUUUCAUCGGAAUCUGAAUGUUACUUGUUUCGUCGGUUAAGUUCAACGAAAUGUGGACAUAGGCUCAGACAGGAAAACAAGCAUUUGUCAUAUAGUAAAUUUAGAGAAUUGUUUUUGAUUGCGUUUAAACCGCAUGUUCAAGACAUAAGCAAAUAUUGCCUUCAUUCUUUGAGAGCUGGUGGCGCAACUGCUGCGGCUAAUAAUGGCAUUCCUGACAGGUUAUUUAAACGUCAUGGUAGAUGGCUGAGUGAAACAGCUAAGGACGGCUAUGUUUAAAGCUCAGUUGAUGAGAGGUUAAGGGUUUCAAUGUCACUUGGAUUAUAACCAUCAAUGCAUUUUAUAAUAAGCCAAUUAUUAUUUGUACUAUACUUACAAGCCCGUUCUUUUAAUUCAGUCGGUCAUACCAAUGACUUACCAAAAAAUAUGUUGUAUUUUUGUUGUUUUUCCCUAUCGGGAGCGUAGUUGUAAAGGGAAAUAUUGUUUUCGUCGUUUGAGCACGUGCGAAUUAGACGAAAACUACUUUCCCUUGUCAAUGUAGUUUCCGAUAGGUGGCUCUGUAAGAGAGCGUUUUACUCGUGGCCGAGUAACUCUGUUCAGUCAUUCAGCGUUGGGAUUGACUGAUCGAUACAUGUGUUAAUUUUUUAUUUUGUUUUGAAUAACAGUAAGAGUAACAUUACAAACGUUAUUGUUUAAAAGUGUAAUCUACAUGCUUUUUACCCUGGUACGAGCUAAUUUUGAAAUUCAGUAAUGUGUUUUUUACAACAGGUCAUGCGUUUAUCCACAUUACGUACGCAUUUAAUGUAUUCAAUUUAUACAUGUAUACCAGUAUCAUAAUAAUUAUUAUUUAUCCCACUGAGGGAUUCAGUCUCCGGAAGAGACGAUAGGCGUGGCUGCCUUUAUAGUUGCUUACGAGGAGGGACUCGUGUAGGCAUACAGUAUGCCUGGUGAUGUAGCAGUCUACGUUGAUAGGCGUGGCUUCCUUUAUAGUAGCUUACGAGGAGGGACUCGUGUAGGCAUACAGUAUGCCUAGUGUCGUAGUAGUCUGUUGAUAGGCGUGGCUGCCUUAUAAGUUGCCUACGAGGAGGGACUCGUGCCGGCAUACAGUAUGCCUGGCGUUGUUGUAGACUAUGUUGUAUGUUGUAACAAAGCUUUUGUGUGUAUUCAUGUUUUUUAUGUAUGUUUGAUGACUAUGAAAUAGUAAUACACGGUAUCAGUCAGUCGGUCAUACCAAUGACUUACCAAAAAAUA